AUGAAAAACAUUAAUAUUCAUGCCCUUUCAAAUGUUAGUGCGCCACGUAAUGCUCCGAUAGUUUUGUUCACUUUGAAUGCAGCUGUGUUUUCUCUGGUUUUAAGCUUCGUUCUAUCGCGAGAAAGCCCUCAAACACACUUUUUCUUGGAACAUCUGCUUAACUUUUUGCGUUAAAUAUCUCUAAAUGGCACGAGCGGAACGSUCAGCUGAUGGCGAAAUCGUAGUUUCUCUAGUAGACCACCGAGAAAACUCUGGAAACAAUGUUGACAAAGAAUCUCCAACUGURUUACUCCAACAAGAAGAGCGCGAAGGAUGGGGAAGUAAGAUUGAAUAUCUUUUAGCCACAAUUGGGUUCGCUGUUGGCUUUGGUAAUGUGUGGAGGUUUCCUUAUCUUUGUCAGCAAUAUGGUGGAGGAGCAUUUUUGAUUCCCUAUUUCGUAAGUCUUCUCUGUAUGGGRAUUCCAUUGUUCUUUUUGGAGCUUGCUAUUGGUCAGAGUAUUCGUAAAGGAUCCAUUGGUGUUUGGAACCAUAUCCAUCCCUACCUGGGAGGUGUGGGGAUUGCUUCAGUUGUUCUCUCCCUACUMAUCAGUAUCUAUUACAAUGUACUGCUUGGAUGGUGCUUCUAUUAUUUCUUUGUGUCGUUUCAAAGUGAACUGCCGUACUCUUCAUGCCCACAGACCAAUGGGACAGUUCUUCCAGAAUGCCAAUUGGCUGGUAGGACCCAGUACUUCUGGUAUAACAAAGCAAUCAAUGUUUCACCAUCAAUUGAAGAAGGUGGUGGACUAUUAUGGCAUCUUUGCCUGUGUUUACUGCUGGCUUGGAUCAUCGUCUUCUUGAUCAUCAUGAAGGGGGUUAAAUCCGGUGGAAAGGCUGUAUACGUCACGGCUACCUUKCCAUACAUCGUGCUAACGAUAUUCUUGGUCCGCGGGCUCACUUUGGAUGGCGCUUUUGACGGAAUCAAGCACAUGUUUACACCACAGUUUGACAAGAUUCUCGAUCCAAUUGUGUGGUUAAAAGCUGCUACCCAGAUUUUCUUUUCUCUGGGAGUUGGGUACGGUGGACUUAUCGCCAUGUCCAGUUACAAUGCGAUUCAYAACAACUGUAGACGGGACGCGGUUGUUGUAUCGUUGACUAAUGGCGCGACUUCCUUGUAUGCCACGACAGUCAUCUUCUCGAUUCUAGGAUUUAAGGCUCAUCGCUCAUACAACGAUUGUCUAGACAAGUACGGAGGAUUAAACAACACUAACUUAGCAGCGAAUVCGACCGUCGAGGAUAUGUGCCAUGAUCUUGAACAUUGGCUAUCGGAKGMAGCUCAAGGACCAGGUCUGACGUUCAUCGCGUUCACAGAAGCGAUCGUCAAGAUGCCUAUAUCACCGCUGUGGUCUGUACUGUUUUUUGCUAUGCUKYUGACACUUGGUCUCAGCAGUCAGUAUGGCAUACUCGAGGGMGUGGUUACUCCCAUCUAUGAAAUGAAAAUCGUCCCAUUCAGAAAAGAGAUACUGUCGGCAUGUCUUUGUGUGGUGGCAUUCUUCGUUGGUCUUUUGUUCUGUCAAAGGUCGGGCGAAUACUGGCUCCAAAUGUUUGAUUCAUUCUCAGGACCGCUGCCUUUGUUAGUCGUUGGUUUGUUYGAGUUGAUUGGUGUAAGCUACGUCUACGGUCUAAGAAGAUUCGAAAAUGAUGUCAAGUACAUGAUUGGCUCACGACCUGGUUGGUACUGGAAGAUCACGUGGGGUUUUGUAGCACCGCUGGUUGUGUCAGUAAUUAUUAUUACUAGUAUUGUGAACCUGGGUAUGAACGCCAUCUCGUACUCCGUAUGGAACCCUGAACGGGCCAAAGCAGAAUCCAAAGACUACCCCUACUGGGGGUACAUUGUCAUCACCUUUCUGAUUGGCUCGUCGUGUUUGUUCAUUCCAUUGGUAUUUGUAUUGCGAGUCAGCGGUGUUCUCAAGUAUAAAAGAAAUGAUUCGUCUCCAAAGACAGACAUUUUGGUGUCUAGGAACGGAGACAAUCAUUUCUACUAAUCCUACCCGUCAUUACUCACUGUACAUAUAGCUCCWAUAUUCACCUAGMCUCAUUCACAGGCAACUGGAAUUURAUAUGGGUUAUCAUUACGAUAGUAGUUGUUGGUCUUUAGGGGAUAUCAGUCUGUGGAGGAGGCUAGUGGAUGUUCUAACCCUACAAUACUUAUAUUUUUGUAAAACGAGAACACAUUAUAAUAUGGGCAAAUAACYUAUAAUACGGACAGCUCUAUAUCGUAUGAACAACUCCAGGAAACAAGGAGAUCGAUCGUUCUGUCCCUUYUGAAAUYAGUGGCGGAUCUAGGGUAGCAUUACGGGGUCGUCUGCACCCAUUUUCUUUGGUGAAACAUGUUUUAUAAUUCAAGAUCUGCCACUGAAAAUAUGGUGUUUACAUCAGUUUUUCAUAAUGUCCAUUGAGUCUUAUCGUCUCAUUAUUUGUUCAGAGAAUCGAUUGCAAUUUGAAGAUAGCGGGCGGCCCAUAAUUUCUUACGGAAAACAAGAUGGCGAAUGUGUCGACAAAAACGCUUGAGCUAAUUACUUUUCCAAAGAGGAAAAGCAAAACAAAUUAACUAAAUCCUCAAAACUACAAGUCGUACAAAUGUUUACACAGACAUCUAAACUAUGCAAUGCACGGCAAAGGCCCUGUUUACAGAUAGGGUAGAGCCAAACUUUUUCCCUACAGGAUUAUAUGUAAAACAAAAGAGUUUUACUCUUGUACCAGUAGGGGCACCCUUCUCACGUAAACAGGGCCUUAAUUCUAGUUUUCAUCGAACCUCUAUUAAGCGGUCACGUUCGGGAAGUUGACCGCUUUAUAGAGGUUAACAGUUUAAUAGAUGGUACGUUUUUAUACUUAAUAUAUAUGAGAAUCGAUUUUUGGAGAAUUCAUGAUUAAUGGAGGGUGACCGGUAAAUAGAGGUUCGAAGUCUUACACCACAUCAAUGCAAGAUAGAAAUUAUAAUAUUCUCUAUUCACAUAUUUUGGAAAAAAAGAGUGUUUUUUCUUUAUUGUCUAAUGUGUGAAGAAAUGUGACCAAAAAACUAAACAAGUGGAAUAAAAUAAGAGAUACAAGAGAUAAUCAAUAUAAGAGAUAAUAUAAUAGAUAAAAUAAUAAAUAAUAUAUAAGAUAAAAUGUUCUUGACCAGCGACCUCGAUUCCACCAGUGGAUGGGCCGCCGGCAGGACUGGGAUUGAAAUAUUCAAGUGAAAUCUUCCAAGUAGUUUUUUUUUAAACUCGUGUGAAAUACAAUUUAGCGUGUUACGCUUUAUUGUGCAUUUGAUUGUUUGUUUUUGUGUUUAACUAUUUGAAGGUAUUUGUUAGAAUUACACAGUGACGUGGGCCGAUUAGCGAGUACAUGGUUCAAAACCUUUUUGAGUGUUAGAGUGAAGUCAAUGAACCCGUGAAAUACAUAUUUGACUAUUACAUGUUAUUACUCGAUAAUUCCAUUGUUUUCUUUUGUGUCUAUUUGACUAUUACAGUUUAAUUAUUAACUUUUAUUUCACAGGAUCAAAUCCUUCACUCUAUCUUCUAACAAGAGAUAUCUUCUAAUCUUCUAAUGAUUUGUAUGAAAUAAACAACUCUUAGUUGAAA